CUUGGUGCGCUUCCUGGUUCUGGCUGCUUUGCCUCCCGCACCAGACGUGAGUUCCCAGCGUUGUAACCUAUAGGCAGGGUGAAUCUCCGCCGAAGCUGCAACUAUGGGGAUCUUGGAGAAAAUCUCGGAGAUCGAGAAGGAGAUCGCUCGGACGCAGAAGAACAAGGCCACGGAGUACCACCUGGGCCUGCUGAAAGCAAAACUGGCCAAGUAUCGGGCCCAGCUCCUGGAACCAUCCAAGUCAGCCUCAUCUAAAGGAGAGGGCUUUGAUGUCAUGAAGUCAGGUGAUGCUCGUGUGGCACUGAUUGGCUUUCCCUCUGUGGGUAAGUCUACUUUCUUGAGUCUGAUGACCUCUACAGCCAGCGAAGCUGCAUCCUACGAGUUUACCACCCUGACGUGCAUCCCCGGGGUCAUUGAAUACAAAGGCGCCAACAUCCAACUCUUGGACCUUCCUGGAAUCAUUGAAGGAGCAGCGCAAGGGCGAGGACGCGGCCGGCAGGUCAUUGCUGUAGCACGCACAGCUGAUGUUGUCGUCAUGAUGCUGGAUGCCACCAAGGGAGAUGUGCAGAGGUCCCUGCUGGAGAAGGAGCUGGAGUCUGUGGGUAUUCGUCUGAACAAGCACAAGCCCAACAUCUAUUUCAAGCCCAAGAAAGGUGGUGGCAUCUCCUUUAACUCAACGGUCACACUGACACAAUGCUCGGAGAAGCUGGUGCAGCUCAUCCUACACGAAUACAAGAUCUUCAAUGCCGAGGUACUCUUCCGAGAAGACUGCUCUCCAGAUGACUUCAUCGAUGUGAUUGUGGGCAAUCGGGUGUAUAUGCCCUGCCUCUAUGUGUAUAACAAAAUCGACCAGAUCUCCAUGGAAGAAGUAGACCGUUUAGCUCGAAAGCCCAACAGUGUUGUUAUCAGCUGCGGUAUGAAGCUGAACCUGGACUACCUGCUGGAGAUGCUUUGGGAGUACCUGGCUCUAACCUGCAUUUACACCAAGAAGAGAGGGCAGAGACCGGACUUCACAGACGCCAUCAUUCUCCGGAAAGGGGCUUCUGUUGAACACGUGUGCCACCGCAUCCAUCGGUCACUGGCCAGCCAGUUCAAGUAUGCCUUGGUGUGGGGUACCAGCACCAAGUACAGCCCGCAGCGGGUGGGCCUGACUCACACUAUGGAGCAUGAGGAUGUCAUCCAAAUUGUGAAGAAGUAAUCAUACCACCUUCCUGCAGCUUGGCUCCUGGGGAGUUGGACCCCCUGGAACACACAAACAGGAAAAGUACAAACAUAUACCCCAGGAAGUGACUCUUGAGUUGGCUGGUUCAUGAUCUCCUUCAGUAAGCAGUGUUGGGACAGGCAAGGCUGGGGACCAGGGCUUAACUGAGGACAUUCCCUAUAAAGCCUGUACCUAUGGUAGGCUUACCAAGCAGCCUACAGCCUGUGGCCAUGUCCUGUGGCCCAUCUGAGCACUCAAGGAGCUAGUUACCCACAUCCUCCCAGCUAGACCUAAGCUGACCCCAGCUCAGGUAGGAUCCCCGAGGCUGAGACUCCUGACAGCAACUCUAGCACAUUGUGGUCUCAAGAUGAAGCCUUCCACGGGUCCUCCCAACACAGGGCUGUCCCUCGUGGAAGCCAGGGCCCAGCCAGUGUCCUAAAGUGCCUCCCCCUUGGAGCCCUUCCCAGAGCAGCCUCCUCCUACCUGGGUGGGACCUCUGAUCUAGCUCUGUUUCCUUCUAAGCUCCUAUGCCUGCCCUCUAUUCUGAAAUAAAAUUUAAAAAAAGAAAAAAGUGGUUCCAGACCA